AUGGCUAAUUCAAAGCAAUAUUUGUUUCUGAUUAUCUUGGCUUCAUGGGCGGCUGUCGGUUUAGGGUCUAUUCAGUCCAUGGCAUGCAUGCAGAAACUCAUGCCUUGUCAAUCAUAUUUUAAGAAACUGGACAAUGUUCCUGAUACGUGUUGUACGCCGAUGAAGAAUAUGCUAUCGGAGACGGCGGAUGAUAAGAACUGCAUUUGCGGGGUCUUUGGCAACCCCAUCAUGUUGAAGAACCUGAAUAUAACCCAGGAUGAUACCAUGAAGCUUGCAAAAGCUUGUGGCUUGAAGGCUGACAUUUCAAAAUGCGACAAGAAGGAAAAGGAUACUGCAUCGCCAUCGUCAUCACCAAGUCCAUCACCAUCAGCUUCUAAUGCAGCCUCUCGUUUCAGCAAAUCUGGUUUCACAGCCUCUUUCAUUGCAACUCUAAUUUUUUCAGCAGCAUUUUAA